AUGAAAGAAGAGCUUAGCAAUUACAAGAGGCGCAUCAAAGAAGUAGAGAAUGGUUGGUCAUCGGAAGCAAAUCAGUUUGAGACAAGCUUGGAAAGUGACCAGGAGGAUUUACAAGAUAUGGAUCCUAAACUGAAGGAGGCCUUCAUUAAGAUGAGAAGGCUGGAUAAGGUUCUGUUUGAAAAAAUUCAAAUAGAGAAAGAAGUCAAAAGGAAAAGGAUCCUUCUAGAAAAGCGCAUGCGACAGGAGAUUGAGGAUAUGACCAAAGGAGUAACCAUUCCACAAGAUAUCAAAACAAAUACGGACAAAUUUCUGGCUUUAGAACUACCAGCCAGUCAUAAUGAAGGUGUUACUAUGGAUGAAGAAACAGAUCUUCCACCAGUGUUUCAAACUCAACUUGAAGAGAAUGAGGCAAUGUGGAGAAAGAGAGAGGCGACAGAGCAAAGUACUUCAGAAGACACAGAAACCAAUGGAAGUACCAGAGCAGAGUCCUCAAUGAAGACAGCUGCAAGUUCGGCAAGAUCCCAAGCAAAACAGGGAAACAAAAGCAGACAGCAGAAGAAAGACUUUAUCAAAAGAAAUAAAGAGUUAGCUAGCCAAACAGACCAGUCUAUUCCGAUGACCGAUGAUGAGAAGAAGCGGUUAGCAGAGCUGCUGGAAGGACUGGAUGACCUGCCGGGACCUGAAGAUGGUGCUCCUGAUAUUACUAGGAGUCAAUUAAGAGCUACCCUCCAGCCUGGGGAAGGUUACUGUCCUGAUGCAGAUGAGAUGAAAAGCCUCAGUAACAUCGAUGAUCAGCUGAAAACACUGAUGCCAAAUGAAGAUUAUAUCUCAGUGCUGUCUGCCCGGACAGUGCCUCAAGUAUGUUGUUUAAAAAUGCUUUACAUGCUCAUUGUCACUAAACUUCAAAGUGUGAUACCUAAAUGUGCAAGGUUGAAAGCAGAAGUGUAG